CAAGCCAAAGAGGGAAAGAAAAGAGAAUAAAUCUGAAAAUGAAAUUUGUAAUUCCGAAACUACCCUUCGCUCUUUCUCUCUUCUUCUCACUCUCUCUCCUCCUCGUCUUCCUCUUCGCCUUCCCCUUAACUUCCCUCCGCCGUCCCAUCCCCUCCUCCGUCACCGUCGCCGACGAAGAGAUACGGAUCCGUCAUGGAUACACCUCCUACGAGGCUUACAUCCAGCACCAGCUCAACAAAACUCAGAACCCGAAGCUACGGAAGGUGUGGACGACGCGAGACUGGGACAGGAAGGUGCGCGUGUUCUCCACCUUCUUCCAGCGCCUCAGCGAUCGCGGCCUCCUCUCGAACGGAUCGAAAGCGCUCUCGAUCGGAGCUCGUGUAGGCCAGGAGGUCGCGGCGCUGAGGCUGAUCGGCGUUGAGGACUCCAUCGGGUUAGAUCUGGUGCCGCGUCCGCCUCUGGUGGUGAGAGGCGACUUCCACGCGCAGCCGUUCGACGCGGAGACGUUCGAUUUCGAGUUCUCUAACGUGUUCGAUCACGCGCUUUACCCGGAGAAGUUCGUUGGGGAGAUCGAACGGACGUUGAAGCCGGGAGGUGUUUGCGUGAUACACGUGUCGCUUCACGGGAAGACGGAUAAGUACUCGGCGAAUGAUCUGUACAGUGUGAAACCGUUGGUGAAGCUGUUCAAGAGAUCGGAGGUGGUGGAGGUGAGGGAGAUCGAUGGGUUUGGGCUUGACACGGAGAUUGUUUUUAGAAAGAACAAAGAUUAAAGUUUUUUUUUUUUUGAACGAAACAAAGAUUAAAGUUAUAAGUUGUAAUUUUGAUUCAUUUGAUACUAUAGAUUCGUUGUUAAAGCUGUUUAUUUUCCUCUUUUGGAUGUAUUGUUCAUUUUUUCUUACCAUUCAUUUUUUACUAUUUUACUUAAAAUGUUUUUACUACUGUUUGCCGACAUUAAUAAAGUAUAGAUUUCUUUCUUAGGA